CAGAAGGACUACAAAUGCCCUUUCGAUCUGUUUUAGAGCCAAUUUUUUAUUUAUUAUUUUUUUCUACUAUACACACACAAAUCAUGACCUUCUUCUCCAUUAUGCACUCAGGUUUGACCCCCACUCUUCUCUCUAUCUAUAUAUAAAACUGAUCAUAAACCCUAAUUCUAAAAUUCAUAAAAUUUCAAAAGCUGCAACUGUUAGACGAUCAAUGGCGAGUAUAUGUAGUUCACUAUCGAUCAAGAGUGGGGUUUCCUUAUGGUGUCCUCGAUCUCCAUCUCUUGAUUCUCACCAUUCUUCAGUUGUUACUUCCAGAAGCUUCCACCAGAGGAGAAACUACGUCGUUUCUGCAUCUUCUUCUUUUGCUAAUGAUAAUCGAGAGUUUGUGAUAGUUGGAGGUGGAAAUGCUGCUGGAUAUGCAGCUAGGACUUUCGUCGAACACGGAAUGGCUGAUGGGAAGCUGUGUAUUGUUUCCAAAGAGGCGUAUGCUCCGUAUGAACGCCCUGCUUUGACGAAAGGCUAUUUGUUUCCGUUAGAUAAGAAGCCAGCUCGUUUGCCGGGCUUUCACACUUGUGUCGGCUCAGGAGGUGAGAGGCAGACAUCUGAUUGGUACAAGGAGAAAGGGAUUGAGAUGAUUUAUGAAGAUCCAGUGACAGCAAUUGAUGCAGAGAAACGAACAUUGACAACAAAUUCAGGAAAAUUGCUCAAAUUUGGAUCCCUCAUAAUUGCCACAGGGUGCACUGCAUCUAGAUUUCCAGAGAAAAUCGGUGGAAACUUACGUGGUGUUCACUAUAUUCGAGAUGUUGCUGAUGCUGAUUCAUUAGUAUCAUCACUAGCUAAAGCACAAAAAGUAGUAGUGGUUGGUGGUGGUUAUAUCGGCAUGGAAGUUGCCGCUGCUGCUGUUGGAUGGAACCUUGACACAACUGUCAUAUUUCCCGAAACUCAUCUUCUUCCAAGGCUAUUCACUCCUUCACUUGCCCAAAAAUACGAAGAACUUUAUCAAGAGAACGGCGUUAAGUUCAUCAAGGGUGCUUCUAUAAAGAGCUUGGAAGCUGGUCCUGAUGGAAAUGUUACUGGUGUAAAACUUGAAAACGGAUCUACAAUUGAAGCAGAUUUGGUCGUUAUCGGUAUUGGAGCAAAACCGGCUGUCAGUCCUUUUGAUAAAGCCGUUAGCUUAAAUACAACCGUUGGUGGGAUAGAGGUUGACGGCCUGUUUCGAAGCAGUCUUCCCGGGAUUUUCGCUGUUGGUGAUGUGGCAGCGUUCCCAUUAAAAAUGUACAAUAAGAUUUCACGUGUAGAACAUGUUGAUCAUGCUCGUCGUUCUGCUCAGCAUUGUGUAAAAGCAUUACUAACCGCACAAACUCACACGUAUGAUUAUCUCCCGUAUUUCUACUCGAGAGUUUUCGAAUAUGAAGGUAGUUCAAGGAAAGUAUGGUGGCAAUUUUUUGGGGAUAACGUUGGAGAGGCAAUUCAAAUCGGGAACUUUGAUCCAAAAAUUGCUACAUUUUGGUUGGACUCUGGUAAAUUAAAGGGUGUGCUUCUUGAAAGCGGAUCUCCGGAGGAGUUCCAACUGCUACCUAAACUAGCGAAGAGUCAACCAUCUAUCGACAAAGUCAAACUUCAGAGUGCAGCUUCAGUUGAGGAAGCCCUUGAAAUUGCCAGUGCUUCUAUGUAGACUAGAGACUGCAUGAUAUACAUAUAGGGAAAAAGGCAGAGGAUGUAUUACUAUUAUACAUUUUCCUCGAGGUACAACGUGUAAUGCAGAAGGUGCGACAUGCGCAUCUUCUCAGUUUCGUAUUCCCGACAGCCUAAAUAAAUAAGAGUCCCUUUUCUGGCCUCUGUUUGACAAGGUCCAAGUUACCAGUUUAGCCAUUGGCCUACUUUCUAGUUGAUUGCCAUUGGAUUGUUUAAUGGUGGCUGUAAAUGAAAUCUUGCAAUAAAAGUGUUGUUUUACUUGACUUUA